CUUUAAAAACGAACAGUCAGCAAUUGAACCCGUUAGAUACUUAUUUUUUUUUGACUCUCUAACACAUACUUCACACAAUGUUGUCCAGAAACCUCAAGUUUGCCGCCAGACGUUUACCAGUUGUUGCCACAACCGCCUCUACCAGAGUCGCUGUCGCCUCUGUGUUCAAUGCUACCAGAACCUUCUCUGCCGUCCCAAGAUCGAUUGUCGCUCCAUCUUCCAUCGCCAUCUUCAAGAGAUUCGCUUCCCAGACUGUCAAGGUCCCAGAGAUGGCCGAGUCCAUUACUGAGGGUACCUUGAAGGAGUACACCAAGGCUGUUGGUGACUACGUUGCUUUGGAUGAAACCAUCGCCACCAUUGAAACUGACAAGAUUGACGUUGAAGUCAACGCCCCAGUAGCAGGUACUAUCACUGAAUUGUUGUGUGCCGCCGACGAUACUGUCGAGGUUGGCCAGGAUUUGUUGAAGAUCGAGCCAGGUGCCGCUCCGGAGGGUGUUGCUGCUCCAAAGGAGGCUGCCAAGGAAGAAGCUGCCCCAGCUAAGGAGGCCGCCGCUCCAGCCGCCGCUCCAAAGGCCGCUGCUCCAAAGGCCGCUGCUCCAGCCGCCUCUCCAAAGGCUGCUGCUCCGAAGGCUGCUGCCGCCGCUCCGGCUGAGAAGGCCUCAGUUGGCAAGUUCUCCCGUACCGAAGAGCGUGUCAAGAUGAACCGCAUGCGUUUGAGAAUCGCCGAACGUCUUAAGGAGUCCCAGAAUACCGCAGCCUCCUUGACCACCUUUAACGAGGUUGACAUGUCUGCCGUCAUGGAAAUGAGAAAGUUGUACAAGGACGAAAUCAUCAAGCGUGACGGUGUCAAGUUCGGUUUCAUGGGUCUCUUUUCCAAGGCCUGUACCGUGGCCAUGAAGCAAAUCCCAGGUGUCAACUCUGCCAUUGAAAACAACGACACCAUUGUCUACAGAGAUUACGUCGAUAUCUCCAUCGCUGUUGCUACUCCAAAGGGUCUUGUUACCCCAGUUGUCCGCAACGCCGAGUCCUUGUCUGUUUUGGAAAUUGAACAAGAAAUCAUUGGCUUGGGUAAGAAGGCCAGAGAUGGUAAGUUGACCUUGGAAGACAUGGCCGGUGGUACCUUUACCAUCUCCAACGGUGGUGUUUUCGGUUCCAUGUUCGGUACCCCAAUCAUCAACAUGCCUCAGACUGCUGUUUUGGGCUUGCACGGUGUGACUGAGAGAGCCAUGGUUGUCAAGGGCCAGGUUGUGAUCAGACCAAUGAUGUACUUGGCCUUGACAUACGACCACAGAGUUUUGGACGGUAGAGAAGCCGUCACCUUCUUGAAGACUGUCAAGGAGUUGAUUGAGGACCCAAGAAGGAUGUUGUUGGCCUAAGUUCAUCAGUUGGAUCCCACCCCCCCUUGCUAUAUUUAUUAUACAUCUCUUUGUAAAUUCCCUCUUCCUGCUAUCUUUUUUAAAGUCAUAAUUCCAUCAUUGCGCAUAUCUAGU